AUGUCGUAUUUUACUUCUACAGCCACAAAUAGGACUGAAGAUUCUACUUCUGGUGAGGGGUCUUCGGUCCGCUACCAACGCAAUCCUUCCAGGGCUGGCUUAGGCGCAGCUAGUGCUAUCUCCUCUGUGGCCUUGGACAGUUUUGAAGAUGCAGAUGACCUCGACCUCAAGAGAAAAAGAAGAUCAGGAGGAGGACGAAGUUCUUCUGAAAAUGGUGAGUCAGAAGAUGGCGACUCGUCUUCAAGCGAUGAAGAUGAAGUUGAAGAGAAUGAGAAGACCAAUGUUGAGCAUGUAUAUGCAGGAAGCAUACUAGACUUCUUGCAGAAGUAGACAUUGCGGAGAAGGUCUAUUCCUCGACAAAAAACCAUUAUUGUUUUUCAAUGCUUACG